AUGGCAUCAGCGACAAGCGAUAAGGAUACGAAUGAGGACAUUGGGACGUUUGACGUGCCACGAUAUUACGGUCUGGAAUCCGGAUUUCCUGCUUUCUCUAUGCGCUUUGAGUUCAACCAUCACUGCAAGCUGGACGCAGCUCAUUGUCACGACUGGAUCGGUCUCUUUCCAUGUGGAUGGAGUUCGCUGGAAAAUGCGAUCCAGAAACAUUCUGUGUCUUCCGGCGUUAUAAAACGCGACCCAAGAGUCGUGAAACUGCAGUUCUUCGCUCCUCGUGAUUCUGCAGACUCGUGGUAUCAGUUUGUGUACGUCUCGAGUGCAGAUACGGUUAAGGCAAAGAGCGAUAUCGUUACUUUUGGCUCUGAUCCGACUGACUCCUCAUUUUCUAGUCAGCCGUCUUCAUACAGUGAACAGGGACGAUGUGAUGAACCAUAUGGGUGUGGGUAUGACCCACUGGAAGCGAGCGGACAUCAGUCGUCUGGCUCAGUCAGUGUGCCUGAGGAAGAAUAUCUCUCUCGGUUUGAUAGGAUGUUGCGUGGUAUUGAUGCAUUGAGAAGUGAGGCAGUACACUCCAGAAUGGCAUGCGAGGAAAGGUUUAGAAAUCAGGAGAAAACUAUUAGAUCUCAUGAACAAACUAUAGAUACUCAACAGGAAACUAUUCACCAGCUCCAGUGUCUGCUCGAUACGAUAGAGCUAGAGAAACGGGAACGAGAGCAGGAGGUAGACAGACUGCAGAGACAGGUGACUGACCUUCAACGAACGUUGGAUGAUCUUCAUGGGUAUAUUCCUAGAGACAGCAGAAGAAGUGAUACAGAGAGACGCAGCUCGUGCAUGUCUACAGGAGAUUAUUCCAGUUCAGGACUUACUGUUGAUCGGAGCUCUCAUCCAUUGCUAGGCAGUCUAGACGUAGACGAGGUUGCCGUGUCCAGUCAAAAUCGCAAGAGAAGUAGUGAUCAACAAGACAAUCCUCCACUAAUGACAGACGUUUAUGCAGAGGGUGAACAUAUUGGUCAGAGUGAACUCGGACGGGUUGUAUGGUCACAGACAGAGCAUCCAGAAAAUGGGCUACAUGAGCAGCAACUAGGAAUGCUUGAAAACGGGAUGUCAACAACACAUCAGUCUGCACAACUGUUGAGAGAGUCGUUUCUUGGUGAUGAUGCUAGUCAUCUAGAAGUUUGCACCUCUCAAACAUCACCAUUCUUGGAGUAUGUAGCUAGUCGUGACUCGCAUGAAGCCCGUUCGAGACCGUUGAGUCCAGAAGGGCAAACUGGGGAUCCAUCUGUGACUUCAGGAGGUACCGUUUCUUAUCCUAUUCAUGGUCUCCUAUUGUCUGGUGGGCAUAGCAGCUCACUGUCGUAUGGUGUGGAGUCUGAAGCUAAUCGAAAUGAAGCAAACAGCUGAUAACACAAUCAUCAGUGAAUAUAUUACUGAUGCAGCUGCACAUAGGAGAGUAGUCAAUGCAUUGCACAAGUGAUCUGUUGUUUGGUGGGUGUUGAUAUUAACUUCUAGAUUUACAGCUUUUACAUUGGAGGUUUUACUCACUGGCUUGUUGGUUAAGGUUAAACAGAUAACAGUGGAUAUAGUAUAAUGCAUAGACAGACACUAUGUAUCACCUUAGUGUCUGGUUGACCAUGAUGAUGAACUGGCAUUAAAUGUCUUUGUACCAGUAACAGUGUGACACAGAUGGUUGAAGACUUGCCGUCCUCUCCUUGAGUAUAUAAAUUUUGUGAGAGUGGAGACUUGCUCUUGGCAAACACUUAUUA